AGUCUGGAGGAGGAAGCCUCUCUUUGUCGGGGUUGCUGCCGGGAAGUGAGUCUGUCGAUGGGGGAGAAAAGGCAUUGUGAUUUUCGAUUCCAGAUCCCUCAUCUUUCUUGCUCGGUCCUCCGCUCUCCCCUCCUCCUAUCUGCUCGCGAGGUCAUCUCUUGUGUGUACGUGGCAUUGCCCAUCGAGGGGUCUUCCCUGGCGGGAACCGCUGGUUGCGAGGCGCGCCUGUGGGUGGGUGUGGGCAAGGAUGUGAUGGCUGCAUGGCCUUCGAUCUUUAAUAGCUCCGGGGACUUCUUCAGGGCCCCCUGCCAACGCCUGAAUGUGACCAUCAUCGCUGGGCAGUCACACCGGACACACCAGUCCAAACCAAAUGGGACCUUGUUUUGUGGCGGAACCGCCUCCUGUCGACUUUGGCCAGCGUUCUGGCGUUCGGCUCGGAAACGCCCCUAG